AAAUUUGAUUAGAACAAAUAAUUACAUAAAUGUAGGAUUAAGGAAGGAAGGAGCUUCCAAAUAUCCCAUGACCACGUGCGGCUAGGGCGAAUCGAAUCCAAAUCCAAUGAAAAAUUGUAAAGAAACACAAAACAAACAAAGGAUAACAAACGUUGGAAGCUAAGCAUAACUUGUUACUCUUAACUCCAAAACCACACCCAACCCAACCAAACCCACUUUGCUUCGGGGAACUUUAACUCCAAAACACACUCUUAAAAGUUAAAACUGAAUCAUUGCUCUUCAUUCAUUGCCUCGUUCUCACUUCUCACCCUUGAUUUCCAUUGAUUUUUAAUGGUUUAUGAUUCACUUUUCCUGGUAACGGGAUGGGAGCUCAGAAGAGCAUCCAUGCUGGUAAAGCCAAAAUUGAUGUUAAUGUUGAUUUCACUCACAAGCUUUGUGCUUCUUUGAUGGUUCCUCCUUUCAGGAGUGGUAAUGACAGCCCUUUAUCUCUGAUAAUAGGAAGUCUUUGUGUAAAACAUCCUAACUUAUUUGGUGGAAGUGAGAAGCUUGAUAUAUCAUGGGAUAAGGGGCUCUAUGAUUCCAAUAUAUUAGUAGCUUGUAGAAGACCAAGGCCCGAAUGGUUAUCUCAACAGUCUUUUAUAAUUCAGCACUCUCUUUCGCCUGAGAUUGGAGUUCAUGGUAUUCCUGUAGAUAAUUUUUCCCGCUCAUGUAGCGGAGGUGUGAAUUUGUCUAAACUGUCGUUGGGGGUGGAUUUGAAUGAGCCUGCAAGUUCCAAAUGGAGUAGCACAACUAGCAUAAAGUUCGAGAAUGUUCGCCCAGUGAAUGAUGAUGGUCAGUCUAUAAGCCGAGAUGGAGAUGGAUUUCUAGUGACAUGCAGUGGGAAGACCCAUGAUAGCAUGGUUGUUCUGAAGCAAGAAUCUCGAUUUGCAAAGGCAAAUGAUUCCAGCUUUUUUCAUUUUAGCUUGCAAAUAGAACAAGGGGUUCCAGUUUUAUCCAAGUGGCUACUCUUCAACCGUUUUAAGUUUGUUGCAUCAAAGGGAUUGAAAGUUGGGCCAGCAUUUCUCUUGACAAAGAUGAUGGGGGGUUCCAUUGUGGGGGACAUGGCUCCAUACCAAGCAUUUGCAAUAGGAGGUCUUGCUAGUGUGCGAGGAUACGGUGAAGGUGCAGUUGGUACUGGCAGAUCAUGUCUGGUUGCAAAUAGUGAAUUGACAUUUCCUUUGACCAAAAGCAUGGAAGGUGCUGUUUUCUUGGACUGUGGAACGGACUUGGGAUCUAGUCAACACGUACCUGGAAAUCCAGCAUUGAGGCAAGGAAAGCCAGGAUCUGGAUUCGGGCUCGGAUAUGGUCUUCGUUUCAAAUCGCAGUUUGGCCAUUUUCAAGUUGAUUAUGCCAUAAAUGCACUGCAGCAAAAGACUGUCUACUUUGGCCUAAGUAAUCUUGCUUCAUGAACUCCCCACAGGCAAAAUUCAUGCAUUUUUCAUCUGCAUGAGCAUGACCUUUUAUUGCUUCAUUGGAUGGUUCAACAGUCCAUUUUAAGCUGUUCUCCUCCACAAUUUUAAAGUAAAAAGCCAUUGAUUAAUUUCAUCUACUUUUUUAUUUUAUUUUUUUCUCAUGAUUUUUCAUUUCAAGGAAAAAAAUGAAUUAGCAAAGUCACAAGCUUAUUAAAUUACUUAUCUUUACUAUGUGAGGAGAUCAGUUAAUGUUAUUGUUAUUAUUAAUGUGAAUAUUGUAACGAGGAAGAUAAGGAGCUUGAAAGUUGAAAGCAUUAAGAACAUCUUCUCAGGAAUUUAAAUUUAUGAUAUUUAUGGAGUUGCACACAAA